AUGCAGAGUUACGGGUUCGCCAGGCUAGAGGUGACGCCGGAACAGGCCAAGAUCCCGCAGGUUGCAUUCGAGAGGGUGAGGAAGUGGCUGGUGGAACAGUUGGAGCUGCCCAAGGAGAAGAGAUGGAUUGACUUUGUGAACGUGAGCAAGCCAAGUGAGAAGAAGGAGGGAGAAGAGGACGUGGAGGACAAUCCGAGCGACAGUUUGUACACUUCGCACCCGGUGGUAAGCUGCAUGAAGGCCGUCUGUGAGCUGCUUAAUAUCGACGAGAACUGGCUGUUUGAAGAACUUCUGGACGACAGAAUGCGUGCGUCGAAGACGUACGAAGGACCACGAGAUACAAGCUAUCAAUAUGGCGCAUCGGUGCUGCGUAUCUACAACUACCGCAACAAGGCCGCAAACGGUAAGGGACCAGCCGAGGUGGAUCCGAACGAUAACUCCUGUGGCGUGCAUGCCGAUCUCGGACUGGUGACGGUGUCGCCUUUAGCCACGGUCCCUGGCUUGCAAAUGUGGAACUUGGAGUGA